CUGGGAUGACUCUGGCUCCCUGGGGCCAGAUCCCGUUCUGUAGCUCCCUCAGGAACAGCCGUCACAGAUUCAAGGCCAGUGGGGGUCCCAAGGCUCAAGGCCUGUUCCUCCCACCCUCAUCUGCGGAUUUUUCCAGCUGCUUUUCUUGACCCAAGGAUCACAUAGGGAUACAAAUGGAAGUUUGGGGACGGGAGGGGAGAGCAGGGAAAAGAGUGAAGUCAGAAUGAGCAGAGGAAGAGGCCUAUGUUAGAAAGAAGGGAUGGAAGAAACGGUAGUAGUGGUCCAGCCUUCUGACACAGGAGACUUGGGACAUCUUUUCAAGUAGUGGCUGUGUUGGGGCAUGGACUGGGCUGAAGCCUCAGAGACCCAGCUGAAAACCCUGGGGCCAGGACCAUGUCUGCAAACAAAGGCUGGUGGGCACCACCUGAGGGCGAAGACAGUGUGUCUCAGAAGUUCCUGAGGAAGACCAGGGAGUCUCCGCUGGUGCCUGUCGGCUUAGGAUGCUGCCUGGCAGUGGCAGCCUACCGGAUUUAUCGGCUGAAGGCACGUGGUUCCACCAAGAUGUCCAUACACCUGAUUCACACCCGCGUGGCAGCGCAGGCCUGUGCCGUGGGUGCGGUCAUGCUAGGUGCUGUGUACACGAUGUACAGAGACUACAUCAAGAGAUCAGCACAGGACCCCGGGGAGAAGUAGGACUCCUGUAGGGCCUGGGGCAGUCAGAGCCUCGUCCAUCAAUCCCUGGUACGUUCCUAAUAAAGCAGUUUUGAAGAAAA